AUGCCGUCCAAGUUCGGGCCUGCCGCUUCGGCAUCAGCCAGGGAGACGAUAAGAACCGCCUUCGAGGAGCUCGACAGAACUAUCACACCAGUGGACUCGCGGGACUUUCACUCGACAACGCUCGAGGAUGUCAGAAGUGCAGCCUUGGAAAUCGAAACCCAGUUGGCUGUGAAGCAGUCACUGCGGAAUCUGCGGCGACUAAUGCCUCUAUUCCAAGGGCUUGAACAUUAUGCCAAAGUCGUGGAUGUCCUUUGCAAUGGAACUCCUUACCUUGCAUGGAUAUGGGCCCCAAUCACGCUCAUUCUUCGUCUUGCUUCCGAAUAUGUUGAAGCAUUCGAAGCUAUAAUGAAAGGGUAUUCAAAAAUUGCCGAAUCACUCGUUCGGUUCGAGAUACUUCAAAAGGCCUUCACGGGCAACCAACAGUUCCAGCAAACUCUCGCCGUUUUCUACUCUGAUAUUCUACAAUUCCACAAGUUUGCUUACACUUUCCUUCGACGAAGCAGUUGGAAAUUAAUGUUUCUAACAUCUUGGGGGCGCUUUGAACGGCGCUUUCAUGGCAUUCUGGAAGACUUGGACCGUCAUGGAGCCUUGAUUGACCAGGAAGCAAAUGCAAGGAAUAUUUUCGAGUCGCGCCAACAAUGGCAAGAAAUACAAGCAUGGCGAGAAGAGAAUUAUGAAAGACUUAAACGCCAAGAAAAUGAGCAAGCGGCCAAGCAAUACGGCUACAUCAAAUCAUGGCUAAAGGCGGACGAUUCUGAGCAACUCACCAUACAAGAUCUUGCAUCAUUUGAAGGCAAUCAAUAUCCAGGAACUUGUACCUGGGCUUUGGACAACCAGACACUCCGUGCUUGGCUUCGGAAAGAUACAAAUUCAUGUCUUUGCUGGCUGCAGGGCAUCCCAGGUGCGGGUAAAACUAUCUUAUUGACACAGAUACAGGCAUUCAUGAGGGCCGAUUCUCGUAUUGUUCUCUCUCAUUUCUUGAGUAGUUCAUAUGCAUCCUCCGCUUCAUAUGACCAGAUUCUACGGUCACUACUGCUACAGCUUCUGCAACAAGACGAAGAUCUCACGGCACAUGUCUAUGCCAGAUAUGUGAUGGAGAAGAAAAUAGCCAGCACAAGUGCUUUGGAACAGCUAGUAAAAGUCCUUUUCACAACGACCUCUCAGGAGCCGAGGAGCACUCAGUUCAUUUGGGUCCUCAUUGAUAGCUUUGAAGCCUGCGAAUCCAAUAAACAAGCUAGUCUCAUUAGCUUGAUGAAUCAGCUAGUAUCAAAGAAUCCCCGGUCUGGAGGCACUGUUUGCAAGUUCCUCAUUGCAAGUAGAGCAUCGCCCCUGCUUUCUAAACGCCUCAGGAAUGACCAAAUCAUCUCAAUGACGAAAGAAAAGCAAGCAUUGGAUGUUGCCAUUAGGGUCUAUACCUCACACAGAUUGGACAGGCUUCGUGAUCGGUUUGAUCAACUUCAUCUUGGACACAAUAAUCUGGAAGACAUUCAAUCGGCAAUUGCCAAAAAGCUGAUGGUAAGCGGAAUGUUCCUCUAUGCUCGACUGAUUCUGGACUACAUUGGGAGAAAGAUUUUCUAUUCUGCAGAUGAAGUUAGAAGGUCCGUCGACGACCUUCCUCGAGAGCUGGCUGAUUACUAUCGAGAAAUACUCGCCCAAAUAAUCGCUCCGCUGGACAAACAGUCAAACGAAAGAGUCAGGUCGCUAUUCGGGUGGAUUGCAUUUGCAAGAAAUCCUCUGAAACGCCUAGAACUCCUAUCGGCGAUCACCUUUAGCUCUUCAGACCAUUUGGUUCCUCACCUUGUCCCCGACUUCAUCUUGACGGUCUGUGGGGCACUAGUGGAGGAACGUCCAAAUGCCACAUUGGCUUUCAUUCACAGCACAGUCAAGGAAUUCCUCCAGUCCACCACAAGCAAUCUACCAUUGGAUGAUACGAUUUCGAUUCACGAACAUGGAGUCGCUUCAGUGACUUGUCUGCGGGCGGGUUUGCAUGUUUUUCGAUCCGACGCUUCAAGACAUGCUCAGAAUCUCAGAGUUGUCCAUGGCUUGCAUGGGUUUCACCUCUACGCAAAUAAUUAUUGGGUCGAUUAUUUGCUGGAGAUCAUGAAAAUUUCUUCCAAGCCUAUCAAUGAGGUUCCAUUAUAUCAACUAGCAGUUGAUCUAGCUGCACAGGCAAAUCAAAAUGAGAUACAAUCUGUCUUUGAUAACGAAGGAGAGAGAUCCAGCGGGGAUGAAGGACUCUCCUUGAUCCCUGACGUUCAACUCCGGAGGCUUGUAAGACUUACCCUCAAGUCGAGGUCCCACAAAACGACAGAGCAACAAAUAUUCGUAGUUGACGAUAUUGACGAAACCCUCAAACGAAGAGAUGAGAUGAUCACCCAGACUUCACUGCAGGCCAUUACCUCAUCUUAUCAGGAUAUCGUAGUAUUUCUACUCGAGCAGCGUGACUAUCCAGAGAUAUCAUCGGAGGAGCUUCAAAGGUUCAAAAACCAAUUCCGAAAUUCGGGAUUCACUUGCAGAUUCGACAAAUGUCAUUUCGCUACUAUUGGCUUUGACUCAUAUGCCGAAAGGAACGAACAUGAGCUGACGCACAGCAAACCCUUCACGUGCCCGAUUACAGACUGCAAGUACCCUGCCUUUGUCUCGAAAGCUGCAGUUCAGCGUCACGUCAAUAAAAUUCACGUAGUGACUAUCCAACGCAAGCCGCUUCGCAGACCAGGUUCUGUAAAGCCAACCACAAAACUCAAUUCAUCGACUAUGAAGAUUGGACCGAUAUCAAAUCGACACACACCGCGCCCCAUGGCAGAAAUAAGCCAUGAUGAUCCUAUCCGCGACCUGUCAGCACCGUCUGUGCCUGAUCAGUCGGCGGAGAAGCAUCGAGUUCAGGUCUAUGAGUUCCGAUACAAUCAAUGGCAGGACCGAGGUAUCGGUUUCUGUACCGCCGACUAUCAAAUAGAAAGUGACUUGGACGACGCCGUGGUGACGGUUGAAUCCGAAGAUCCGCCUUAUGGGAUCUUACUAGAAUUACAUCUUCCUGCACCGACUAUUUUCCAUAAACAACAAGGAAAACUGAUCAGAUGGUAUGAUCCUAGAGAAGGCGUAGAUAUGUCCCUUGGCUUUCAAGAGGUUGAGGGCUGUACAAUGGUAUGGCGCUGCAUCGAACAGGUCCAGGGGCUUGAGGAUGCCGUUGACGAAGACGCCACGUUUAAAUCCUUGGUCGCAUUCGUGCACAGUGAAGAGGGAUCUGAAGACGAGAUAAUCGAGGAAGCAUUAGAAGAUGUUUAA